CCUUCUGCGCGCUUCCGCCUUCAUCCUAGCAACGCCCGUAGUGACGCGCAGGCCCCGCCCCCUCCGGCGCGCUUCUCCCGGAAGUUGCCGGCCCGGAGCAGAACGGCGGCUUGCUCGCGUGCCUUGACUGUGUUGCGAGUUGGUGUCGGGGAUAGUGGACCCGGCUGGGAGAGAGCGUCUGGGCCGGGGCUUGAGGAGCACAUUCACGCGCGCAGCGCGGACUGAGACCUGGUGACGAUGGCGGGGCCGCAGCCCCUGGCUCUGCAGCUGGAACAGUUGUUGAACCCACGACCCCGCGAGGCGGAUCCUGAGGCCGACCCGGAGGAGGCCACUGCUGCGAGAGUGAUUGACAGAUUUGAUGAAGGGGAAGAUGGGGAAGGUGAUUUCCUGGCAGUGGGUAGCAUUAGAAAACUGGCAUCAGCCUCCCUCUUGGACACAGAUGAAAGGUAUUCUGGCAAGACCACCUCUAGAAAAGCUUGGAAAGCAGACCAUUGGGAGCAGACUCUGCCAGGUUCAUCUGAGAAGGAAAUAUCUGAUGAGGAAGGGUCUGGAGAUGGAGAUUCAGAGGGCCUGGGUCUGGAGGAAUCUGACGAGGAUGACCUGAGUGCCGCUGAGGAACAGGACAGUGGUGAUGAUGGCAAGAGCAGUCUGGCCUGGAGGAAGAAGAGCAGAAGCCGCUCUGCAGAAACACUGGGCUUCAGUGUCCAGAACAUCAGUGACUUUGAGAAAUUUACUGAGGGAAUGGAUGACCUUGGGAGCAGUGAGGAGGAGGAAGACGAAGAGGAGGAGAGUGGCAUGGAAGAAGGGGACAGUGAGGAAGACUUGGAGGGCGAGAGUGAGGAAGGCAGAGCUGGCGGAGACAGGAGCAGUGAAGACGACGGUGUAGUGAUGACCUUCUCCAGUGUCAAAGUUUCUGAGGAAGUGGAGAAAGGAAGAGCUGUGAAGAACCAGAUAGCACUGUGGGACCAGCUCUUGGAAGGAAGGAUCAAACUACAAAAAGCUCUGUUGACCACCAACCAACUUCCUCAACCAGAUGUUUUCCCAGUUUUCAAGGACAGAGGUGGCCCAGAAUUUGCCAGCGCCCUGAAAAAUAGUCACAAGGCACUUAAAGCAUUGUUGAGGUCAUUGGUAGAUCUUCAGGAAGAGUUACUUUUCCAAUAUCCAGACACUAGAUACCUAGUAGAUGGGACAAAGCCCAAAGCAGGAAGUGAAGAGAUUUCUAGUGAGGAUGAUGAGCCAGUACAAGAGAAGCAGCAGCAGAGAAGGGUCCUGCCAAAGAGGAAGCUGGAGGUGGAUGAGUACCCCAGCUUCAUGGCAAAGCGCUUUGCUGACUUUACAGCCUACAGGAACCGCACCCUUCAGAAGUGGCAUGAUAAAACCAAGCUGGCUUCUGGAAAACUGGGGAAGGGUUUUGGUGCCUUCGAACGCUCAGUCUUGACUCAGAUUGAUCAUAUUCUAAUGGACAAAGAAAGAUUACUUCGAAGGACACAGACCAAGCGCUCUAUCUACCGAGUUCUUGGCAAACCUGAACCAGCAGCCCAGCCUGUCCCAGAAAGCUUGCCAGGAGAACCGGAGAUCCUUCCUCAAGCCCCUGCCAAUGCUCAUCUGAAGGACUUGGAUGAAGAAAUCUUUGAUGAUGAUGACUUUUACCACCAGCUCCUUCGAGAACUCAUAGAACGGAAGACGAGUUCCUUGGAUCCCAACGAUCAGGUGGCCAUGGGAAGGCAGUGGCUUGCAAUCCAGAAGUUACGAAGCAAAAUCCACAAGAAAGUAGAUAGGAAAGCCAGCAAAGGAAGGAAACUUCGGUUUCAUGUUCUUAGCAAGCUACUGAGCUUCAUGGCACCUAUUGACCAUACUGCAAUGAAUGAUGAUGCCAGGACAGAGCUGUAUCGCUCUCUCUUUGGCCAGCUCCGCCCUUGUGGUGAAGGCCACAGGGAUUGACAUCGCUCGUGUCCCUUGCUGCUGACCUGAGGCAGGGCCUCCCCACACCCAGCGGUGCCUUGGCCGGUUGGCUGCUCGUCCAGUGGAGAAAACCAGUGACUUUAUGGGGUUUGCCUAGUAGGGAAAUCCCUGGGAAGGUGCUGUGUUCAGAACAAAUGCCUAGUACGUGCGAGGGCACUGUCCCCCCCGC